AAAUAAUAAAAAAAGAGAAACAAAAGCAUACUAACAUAUGCAAAUUGCCUGCUCACAGCAGCAGUCUACCGAAGACGUGCUCAUAAAGUGUAAAAAUUAACGAAAAUCAAAUAACACAAAAUUGGCGUUUGUGCGCAUGCGUUCACGCUGCUCGAAUAAAUACGUGAAAAAAAUCAAUUUCUUGCUCCCAAAAUACAACCAAUUUACAUAUACACAUAUUUGUCUGCAUAUGCUUCCUGCGUGCUAUAUUUUCCAUGCGUAUUUUCACUUUUAAACACCGUGAUUUUUGUUUUUUUCUUAUUUUUUGGUGUGUAUAAUUUCUCAACACUGUUUGCAUAUGCUUAUCGCUUACAAAAAAUGUGCCUGUGAUAUGUGAUUUUUGAUGCUAUCGUUUAUGAUUUUAGUUUGGUAUGUUAAAAAUUUGCAUUUCUACUGAUUUAAGUGUGUCUACAGUGUGUCAAAGCGAAACAAAAUAUCUGCAAAAGUGAAAAAAUAAUUGUGUAAAUUAAUUUGAAAUAUUCAAAAGGCAAAUAGUGACAUAGUUUAAUCAACAAUUAGUAAGUCAUAUAUACAACAACUGUUAAUUUGGCAUUUGUUUCAUUUGUUGUAUUGACGCUGGCGAAAGAUGAACUUCUUCGUGAUCGGAUUUCUAAUAAUGCAGGCGGCAAGAUUGGCUUGCGGGACAUGCGUUUUUGAAUCUGAAUUUGGUUUCAUACUCAAUUGUAACUUCAAAAAGUCUGGACUAUUUCGUGUAAGGAAUUUGGGCGGCCUAAAAGCACAUUUUGGUUUAGGUUUCAGUUUAGGCGAUGAACUGGGCUUCGCUGAAUCGCUCGGCAAUGUAGAGGGUGAACCGGAGCGGCGACGAGCCAUUAGCUAUAAAAAUGGGCCACCACCAAGCGCUGCAGGCGUAAUGCCUGCUACACAAAAGCCGCCAGUACAGCAUCCCAUACCCGAGAAACGCAUUGGCGCGCGAGCCUCUCCCAAUUACAACGCUGCUUACAGAGAGAAUCUUAAACGUCAAGUAGCGCCUACACAAUUAAUGACAGAGGCGAGACCUUUACCGUUAGGUGUACCAGCAUUCCGACCCAUACCGAAAACUGCAACCGUGCCUGUAGCGCAAAUGGCGCAGCGGCGUACGAAUGUUGCAGUGGACUCCCCAAAUCCGAGAGUUCGUCUCAACAACAAGUUGGUAGAAGGUUACUCCGAUCCAAUGAACUCCAAUCGUACCUUCCACGUUGCGAACCCUUCUGUCUCGCAACCGCUUGCGGUGCCCGCCUUCCAGGCAAUGCCUAAUUCGGUGGCACGUCUCGCUGCCGUUACAAAGUCCCUCACUAACGCAGAGGAACGGAUUAUGCAUGGACAGCCAAAUUACUUGCAGUUCGAGGAACCGAAAUUCGAUUUGAAGGAUGUGACGGUGGAGGAAUUAGCCUCAGCGGCCAAUGUCACCGUGGACACAAUCAAACAUGCAAUCUAUGUACGUGAACAACAAAUGAAAGCCGAGCAUCGUGCUAUGUUGGCGGCAAAGUUGCGUCAAGAAUUCGUACGUACUUCGACGACAGCGCGUACUACGACAACAACAACGCCAGCACCGUUACCAGUAGCAGCGAUUAAGGAAGCACAGGUUAUGAAUUGGGCUCAACCACAGAACGAACUCGACAGCCAGAAUAUCAAAGAGAAUGUAGCUUUCGAGAGUAAGAUGUCGAAGGUCAUGAAUGCACCACGCGAAUACUAUCCAGUUGGCUAUGACAAGAACUUCGAUGAUAACUUUAAGUCCAAAGUUGAUCUGCCACCGACGAGUUUCUCCUGCGGGAAGCAGAAACAUUUCCCAGGACUGUAUGCCGAUACAGAUCUUGGUUGCAUGGUGUUCCAUGUUUGUGCGCUCACCGAUGAUGGACUUGUGCGCAAAUCGUUCCUUUGCCCAGAGAGCACACUCUUCGAUCAAACAAUCUUGAAAUGCAACUGGUGGUUCUAUGUGGACUGCAGUGCCAGCAAAAGUGUCUACGACUCCAAUAUACCCAUCUCUAAGAGUUAUCAGCUCAUGAAGUCGCUCACUUACUUCUCCAAAUACAGUAAAAAUGCUGACAAUGAAGGCGGUGAUGGCGGUUUGGAUAUACAAACACUCAAAGAUUCCAUGGCUGAGGAAGAGAAUUCUAGAGCACGACGCGUGGACAGUGAUGAUAUACAUGUGUCGGACAAGGCGCGUAGUUUUGCUAUACACGUUGAAGAUACAACCACUGCAGCGCCGGAGAAAGCGUUAAGUGACGCUAUAAGCCCUACUUUGGAGACACGUAGAGUUGAAUUGAACAACGAUAUAAAAACGACGGCGGAUGACUUGUCAGAGAUCACCACUGCAGUGGAUAUUAUCACACCACAACCUGUCUACGAUCGCCUGGCUCAGCUGAAGGCCAAGUUGGACAGCAUCAAGGCGGCAAAUAGUCAGACUACAACACAAGAAACGAAUGAAGCUUGAGUAGGGGGGUUGAGCGCUUGGUAGCGCUUUGCAGGGAUUAAAAUUACUAAGUUAAUGGAAGUGGUGUUACGAAACGAAGCCUGCGCGAGUUGGUGGUGCAACGGUUGCUUUAAAUGAAGUCGAGUUAUAGUGUAUAAAGCUGCCAAGUAUGAGUUUCUAUACAAUGUUUGUAGGUCGUUAAGUAAAUACGUCAUUCCUAAAUAGUCAUUGUGCGCAUUUGAGAAAUUGAGCGAAAUAUAUAUAAAUAAUUGAAAUUAAAUCGGGGAUACGAUUGUUGCGCCAGCUUAGUGUUAAGUUUUCAAUAUAGUUCAAUCAGUAAAUUAAGUCACACAACAUCAAUAUAAGAAAAAGUAAAAAUCUGCGUGUGUGGGAGAUUCUUGGAUAUAUAUAAAAUGAACGUACAAUUACAUGUAAUGUAACUUAUUUAUUAUUUUAUGUUUUUUAAUAAAAAUAUAUACAAUAAA